UUUUAAUAAUAGAGUGGAGAGUUGGUCACACAGAGCUGGGAGAGCUAAACACCCUGAUAAGACAGUAGCCAUCUAGCCAUGAAAGCAUGGGAUUAAAGUAAAACUGAAGUUCAUGAGUGGGAGCAAACCACAGCUGACGUGGGAGGGGAGACAGAGAGACACAUUCCCAAAAAUGGCAAACCUCCCCAGAGAAGCGAUCGAGGAUGUCAAAAAACAAAGUUUUUGGAUGCCGGGGAAUUUUGUGCGUGCAGUCCAACGAACAGAUCAGUCAUUUCAGGCUUGCAAUGACAUAGUGGCCUGCUUUGCGGAGAGGGCAAAAGUGGAGAAGCAGUACGCUCAGCAGCUUAGUCAGUGGAGCAACAAGUGGAAGUCAAUUGUAGAUUCACGGCCACUUUAUGGCUCCCUCAUGAGGGCGUGGCAAUGUUUCUUCACCUCCACUGAACGUUUAUCUGCCCUCCACUCCUCUAUCUCCCAGUCCCUGGUUGAGGAGGAAGGAGAGAGGGUGAAAACCUGGCAGAAAGGGACUUUCCCCAAGAAGCUUUUUUGUGGGUUCAAGGAGAGUUACGACAACAAGACAAAUUUUUCACGUGCGCAGAAACCCUGGUCCAAAAAGCUACAGAAGCUGGAAAAAGCUCGAGUUGCAUACCACAAGUCUUGUCAGAGAGAACAAGUCGCCCUUGACAAAGAGAAACAAGCAAAUGAGAACUCUGAGAUCAGUGAAGAGAAAAAGCAGAAGCACACUGAAGCCAGAGAAAAGGCCACAGAGGAGAAGGAAAAGGCAAGAGAUCAAUACGAAAAGGGGCUGGAGGAAGUGACAUCUUACACGCCUCGCUACAUGGAGGAGAUGGAGGCCAUUUUUGAACAGUCUCAGGAGGAAGAGAGGAAGAGAAUCAGCUUUUUGAAGCAAGUCUUCCUCUCAAUCCACAGACAUCUGGACAUCACCAACAAUGAGAGUGUGAAAGCAGUUUACAGUGAGCUCCAUCAGACUCUGAUGUCCAUCGAUGAAGAAGAUGAUCUGAAAUGGUGGAAAAACAAUCUUGGUCCAGGAAUGCCAACCGACUGGCCAAAGAUUGAGGAAUGGGUCCCACAUGUAAAAAGGUUAAAGAGAAAGAAGAGGGACCGGAAAGGAAAAGAAAGUCGACCAGUAAUGAUUGGGGGCGUGAAGGUGCGGGCUUUGUACGACUACGUCGGUGAGGAGGGCGAUGAGUUGUCCUUUAAAGCAGGUGAAGUCUUCUUAAAGGUUGAGGAGGAAGAUGACCAAGGCUGGUGUCGAGGAGUGUUAAGUGGAGGGAAGGAGGGUUUCUAUCCAGCCAAUUAUGUUGAAGUUGUAGAGUGAUGUCCCAUUAUCCAUUACAUCAAGUCCUGGAAUGUUUUCCCAUAAAAAAAAUAAAAAUUUUAAACAUUUUUUUAAAAAUAGACAAUAAUAACAUUGAGCAUUGAACGAGUAUUUGCUCUUAUGUCAGGUUGUUCUUUUGUCACUUUUAAACUAUAAAAUGUCAAUCUGCAGCAUGAAUUAGCUUAUUGAGGACAUUUUUUUAUUCGUUGUGUAAAUGUGUGUUUUUGCAUGUUAGAGUGCAUGUUAUGAAGAAGCAAAGGAAAAGAAAAAUUCACCACAAUCAUCUUUGAUUUCCGGUAAUGAGAAUUGAGUCAAAUAUGAUUUGGUUUACAAUGUUUGCAUAAGGUGUUCAUGUUUACUUCCUCAUAUUUAAUAAAAGAACACAUACAUGAUCUUAAAAGUGUGGGUUUCUACAGUAAAAGCUUUGUUUGUUGUUCGUAGCGUUGCUGUUUUGCCAAAAUCUUCUAUUUAUUAAGCAUUUGAUGUUAGGUUUUCACCACAUAUUCAUGUAAGUGGAGGGAUUUGACUUCUGUCACUCUGCAAGAACAUGAAAAGGACUGUAAGAUGCAACUUGCUGCAAAGCCAGACGUUUUUUGCAUGCAUGAGCUGCUUUUCCUUCUACACUGCAAUUAGUCAAAAAACACAACUAAACAAAUCAGAUUUUUAAAUAAAAUGUAUAUUAUUGUUUUAAAAUGUUGCCUGUUAUACAUUGUGUUAUUGUGGUUUCAGAUAUCGAGAUUUGAUUGCCUUUGAGCAUCCUGUACUGUACUGCAGAGCAUGAUUUUAAAUAAAAAGGUGAUUUGAACAUU